GAUAUAUUUUUGUAUCUGUACAAAAUACGAAAAAAAUAUUAAUAAAUUAUUUAAAUUAUUCAAUUUGUUUUCAGAGAUAAAAUGACCACCUUGCAAGUUAUCGAUACAACUACUAAGAUGACCACCAUUAUUUCUCAAGAAGUGACAUCAGUUCUGAACUCCACUUUCACUCUUUCUCCCAACAUUACCACAACUCCAAAUUCUUCCCUCAACGUUACCACAACUCCAAAUCCAUCCCUUAACAUUACCACAACUCCAAAUUCCUCCCUUAACAUUACCACAACUCCAAACCUUUCUCUCAACAUUACCACAACUCCAAAUCCAUCCCUUAACAUUACCAUACCUCCAAAUCCAUCCCUUAACAUUACCACAACUCCAACCCCAUUAGAUAUUUCAACUCUGGAUCCUUCAGACCUUACUACAUUAGUUCCUACGACUCUAUUAACUGAGUCUACAAGUAAAAAAAGGACUGCAACAACUCCAAAUCCAAAGUUUUCCGAUUUUUUCCCAACAUUCUACACCCGACCCCCCGCUAUAGUUGGAACCACUCCUCACACGGUCAGUUCAACCAUGCAACAAACUGAGUUUCCUCUGCUUGGCAAAGGGAAUGGAAAUGGAGAAGGAAAUUCAACUGGAUAUUUCGACAAUGGGAUGGUUCCGCCAUUUGUCUAUGGAAUUGGUGGCGCGGCAUUGUUCCUUCUCCUUCUCAUAGUUGUCGUCUUCGGUCUCCUCCUGCGUAUCAAUAUUCACCAAAAACUGUCCCGAAGAUACAGGGAACAGCUGAGACGAAAGAAGCCCCCCUACAUGGACUUCAAUUAUCCUCUGAAUGCAUUUCCCUCGAAUCAUCUAAAUGAAUUUCCUCCAAAGCCCAAUUUUAGCAUGGAAGCUAAGCCGUCUUUUCAACACUCUACACCAUUUCAAGCCCAAAUACCUAGAGCAGUGCACGGGCAUCCACCUAUCUAUGAAAACACUAAUGCACUUCACGCUAAACAACCGUCAACUCCUAGAAACUUGUCUCAUCUUACCCAGAUCCCGUUUCGGAUGGAUCCAAGCUAUGCGACACUCAACAAAUCUGGGCUCCGUAGUCCGCACAAACCAACAUCCUUAAAUGCAGCUGAUGGAAUCAGAAAUAGCUUUAUGGGAAGCGGGUACAAUAUACCAAAAGCAACGCUAGUCUCCACACCUCCCCCAGCAGGUUCCCGCAUGCAGUUAACACGUGGACAAUUGACACGUGGGUCGCAACAGCUGAAACCACCCUCAUCUUCCUUUCAGGAAAGAUAUGAAAGUGAUUAUAUGACAAAAGCUGAAUUAAAGCAAGCACAAGAACUACAGCAGUCAGAGCAGAGACAUAAAGGACAUGAAGAG